CCCUUUUCAUUUUAACCACGUUUCAUUUCAUUUUUUUGUAGUAUCAACAGUGACAUAAAAAAAUUCUAGGGUAAAACACAAUAAUUCAGUUUUUUAUAUCAUUCUUGGAGAUUUAUCGAAGUUGGAAUAUAUAUCUGGCCAACUUGGACCCCACCAGUAAUUGAAACUUAACUAUCUUCGAGAUUUUAUGUUUCAUCAUCAAAAACGACCUUUUGGCUUUUGCGAUCAUAGAUCAAAUGUUAGUUUCUUCUUCGUCCAAUUUAUAAUAGAAAGCCGGCAUGGCAAAUUGGCAACUACAACUCAAACAUUACAUCCUAAAUAUAUAAAGACGAGAGACAGUCAGCAUCAAUCAAAAUAUCAAUCGUAUUAGUUAUUUGAUUGUAGAUCUAUUUUUAGCUACUAACAAGCCCAUAAAUACACACCACAACCCCUUCGAAAACAGACACAGUAGAAUGGAGACAAUGGCCAAAACUGAGAAGAAGCCUCAUGUCAUCUUUAUCCCACUUCCAGCACAAAGCCACGUUAAGGCGAUGCUCAAACUAGCGCAGCUUCUUCACCACAAGGGACUCCAAAUAACAUUCAUUAACACAGAGUUCAUCCACAAGCGUUUGCUCAAGUCUGGUGGUGUCCACAGUCUCGAUGGAUCAAAUGGUUUCCAAUUUGCAUCCAUUCCUGACAGCAUUCCUCGUAGUUCUGAAGAUGACGAUGGUCUAGAACAUCUCCUUCAUUGUGUUGAAACCCACUUCCUGACUCCUUUUCUUGAUCUUGCAACCAAACUCUCAUCUCCUCCAACUCUUAUCAUCUCUGAUGGCUUCAUGUCGGUUUUCACCAUUGAUGCUGCAAAAAAGUUGGGAAUCCCGGUCAUGCUCUACUGGACGCUUGCAGCUUGUGGCUUCAUGGGUUUUUACCAGACCAAAUCUCUCAUGGAGAAAGGACUUACACCACUUAAAGAUGAAAGUUACCUGACAAAUGGAUUUUUAGAAACCAUUGUUGAUUGGAUCCCGGGAAUGAAAAGAAUCCAGCUUAAGCAUUUACCGACCAAUAUCCGGACAACAGACCCUACAGACAAACUGUUUACGUUUUCUAUGGAAGCUACACAAAAUGCCCACAAAGUCUCAUACAAUAUUAUUCACACGUUUGACACAUUGGAGACUAGUCUUGUGGAUGCUCUUUCGUCCAUGAUUCCUCAUGUUUACACGGUUGGUCCAGUGCAGUUACUUCUUAAUCAGAUUCCGGCAAAGGAAAGACAAGCUCAAAUGUCGAAUUUUAAUGGAUACAGCUUAUGGAAAGAAGAAACAGAGUGUUUGCAAUGGCUCGAAUCCAAGGAAUUAAACUCUGUGAUUUAUGUGAACUAUGGGAGUUCAACAGUAAUGUCUUUACAAGAUCUUAUAGAAUUUGGUUGGGGACUUGCUAAUAGCAACCACUAUUUCCUUUGGAUAAUUAGAUCGGAUGUGGUUGUUGGAGAAUCCGCAGUUUUGCCUCCUGAGUUUGAGGAGGUUAUUAAAAAGAGAGGUUUUAUAGGAAGCUGGUGUCCACAAGAAAAGGUGCUGGAGCACCCUUCCAUUGGAGGGUUCUUGACACACGGUGGUUGGGGUUCCACCAUCGAGAGCUUGUCCGCUGGUGUACCAAUGAUAUGUUGGCCUUAUUUGUGGGACCAACUGACUAAUUGUAGGUAUAUAUGCAAGGAAUGGGAAGUUGGGAUGGAGAUGGAGAAGGAGGUGAAAAGGGAGGAAGUUAGUAAGCUUGUAAAGGAGUUGAUGGGAGACGGAGGUCACAUGAUGAGGAAGAAAGCAUUGGAGUGGAAGGAAAAGGCUCUUCUGGCAACCGCUCCCAAUGGUUCAUCGACCUUGAACGUGAACAACCUUGUCGAGGAAAUCAUUAUGUUGUCAAGAAACUAAAAGAAAUGUGUAUAUAUAUAUAUAUAUAUAUAUAUAUAUAUAUAUAUAUAUAUAUAUAUAUACUAUCCGUUUACCCACGCCAAGCGACGGAUGUUAAUAGUUUCUUUUGAUAAUUAUUUCUCUUCGAAAACAUUUAUGUUUGAACACUCAACUUUGAUGUCAAUGUAACGGGAAG